AUGCUGCAGAAAUCGACAUACACCAUAGACAGCACGAUGUCCACUCGAAAUCUAGUCAUUGAUGCAGUCACCGCGAAUGAGACGAUGUCACGACUUGAGGAAUAUGAUUGCGACACAAUCGUGAGUCUGCUACCUCGCAUGCAGAAACUAGCGGCGGAGAAAAUAAGUGACCAGUUGAGAAGAUCUGGCGCCACAGAGCCCCUCUACUUGAAUGGUAUAAAAAUUUCGUCAGAGAUUAUGCUACACGUGUUUAAGCUGCUAGACCCCGUGUCUCUCUAUGAGUGUCGCCUGGUCUGCGGAUCGUUCCACUUUCUGGUGCGCGACUCGCGGUUGUGGAUUUCGUUACCUCGAGCGACCUAUGA